AUUAACAAAUCAAGAAACAAAAUUUGAAGUUUUGAAAAACAAAAACGGCGUUGUUUGUCAGUUACUCCUGCAACUGCAAAUCUAUAAAAUUUAGUAUACAAGAUAUGCUAAAAGCUCUUGCUGCGUUUCCACCUUCGAUCUCCAAAACUAGUGUAAUUUUGAGGAAAAUGAGCACGUUAACACAUCCCAAAUUCAUUUCAGUAGAAGGUUCUGAUAUACAUUCCAGAACUAAAUCUGACGGCUUUAGAUUCAGCCUUGUCUCGUAUAACAUAUUGGCUCAGGUUUAUGUGAAGAGCGCCUUCUUCCCACACUCUCCUCCUUCGUCUCUGAAAUGGAAACAUCGUUCAAACUCGAUUUUAGAAGUUCUCAAGAACCUGGGAGCUGAUUUUUUCUGCCUACAGGAAGUUGAUGAGUUUGAUAGCUUUUACAAAGGAAGGAUGCAGGAGCUGGGAUAUUCUUCUAUUUAUAUGAAGAGAAGUGGGGAGAAAAAGCGUGAUGGGUGUGGGUUAUUUUACAAGCAUGACCGUGCAGAGCUGGUCUUGGAGGAAAAAAUUGAAUAUAAUGAUCUUGUGAAGUCAAUUCAAGAUGGGAACUCUUCAAAUGAUGAUGAACGCAGCAAUGUCCAGACAACCCAGCCAGAUAAACAAAAGGAUGUUGCGACCAAAAAUGGACCUAAAACAGGUACAGAAGAUCGUGGAGAUCCAAAUGAUCCCCGUGUGAGACUAAAGCGUGAUUGUGUUGGAAUUCUGGCUGCAUUCAAAUUCAAGGGGCCGUCUCAACAAUUUCUUAUUGUAGCCAACACACAUAUUUAUUGGGAUCCUGAGUGGGCUGAUGUCAAACUUGCACAAGCCAAAUAUCUUCUAUCUCGCUUGUCACAAUUUAAAACACUGAUAUCCGAUAGAUAUGAAUGCAUACCUGAAGUGAUGGUGGCUGGUGACUUCAACUCUAUGCCAGGAGAUAUGGUUUAUCAAUACCUCAUGUCAGGCAACCCUUCAUCAAAACAGAUGACCGACUGUAUAGAGGAGCCUCCCAUUCCUCUAAUUAGUGUCUAUGCUUCUACAAGAGGAGAGCCGCCAUUUACAAACUAUACACCUGGCUUCACUGGAACACUCGAUUAUAUAUUAUUUUUCCCCUCAGACCACAUUAAACCAAUUAGUUAUCUCGAGCUUCCAGACUCUGAAGCAGCUGAUAUUGUUGGUGGACUGCCAAACUUUAGCCAUCCAAGUGAUCAUCUACCAAUUGGUGCUGAAUUUGAAAUCAACAAGGAUUAAAUAUGGUAUGGCAAGUUCUAUUUGUGCUCAAUUUUUCGUGUUCCAUAUCCUUUCCCCUUUGUCAAUCUUGAAAUUUGAUGUGAGGGCAAGUCUAUGGGAGGAUCAAGUGCACAAUGAGUAUUAUCAUAAUCAUGAAAUCAAUACAGCCUCUUGGCUAGAAUGGAAAUAGUCACCAAAAAGGAAAAAGGCGUAGGAUAUUUUGUUCCAUGACGGAAAUUUCAUUGGUUUGACUUUUUAUUUAUGAUAAAUUUGCAGCUUCUUGUUGAAGAAAGAAAGUGGUUAUAAUACCAAAUUUGUCAGAUUGAAAAUUUUGUUUUCUUCUGAUUUAUGUGACAUAUAUCUCAUUGAUUUUAGACAAUAUACUAUACUAUGUACUAUUUUUGGAUCAAAAACAAUUUUAGGAGUAAAACAAUUUCAAAGCAAAAA